GGUCAAUCCGUGUUCUCAUCGGGAAUGUUGACCACUACGGACUGAGCGAGAAAAGCAAUACUUGCGCUACUAUUGUCACGGCUCUACACAUUCUCCUGGCAUGCUUGUGAUUUCUCUUUAAUCUCAAAAGAAGAUAUAACCAGGCGUCCCUGUCCAAGCUGAAUGUGACCAAGACGGUGAGAGACCGGAGGAUUCAGAUCAUGGCUGUGGCCGGUUGCCCCGAUUACUUUCUACACCAUCCAAAUUACCAGCAGGACAAAGUAGACCGAACCACCAAUCACAACCCAGCAGAUCUGAUCGGGCCAAGUUUCCAGCAGUCUACCAAUCACAAACCAGCAGAUCUAAUUGGACCACGUUUCCAGACGUCUACCAAUCGGAACUCCCCUAACCAUCAAGAUGACGAUGUGGAUCUGGAGGCGCUGGUGAAUGACAUGAACUCUUCCUUCGAGAGCCUAUACACCACAUGCAGCCUGCUGACUGACUCCACCCCCUUACUGCAGAAUGGCCAAUCGCAGCGCCCGGCCGCAACCAAAGAGGCCUGCACGCUGCAGUCUGUGUCGCCCAAACAAAACCUGCGAAGGUCCCAGCCAAUGCACAUUCUCGCCUUCAGGAGACUGCAGGAGGAGGAGGAGCAGCUAAGGACUUCCUCCCUGCCAGCCAUCCCUAACCCCUUCCCAGAGCUGUGCAGUCCAGCCAGCUCCCCUGUCCUCAGCCCCGGGUCCCUCCCACCCUGCCCACCCUCCUCUGGAAAACACGUGAUAAGGAUCAGCAGUGAGGAUGGGAUGGGGAAGGCCCUAGAGAUCCCAGUGGACAUGACAGCCAGAGACCUGUGUCAGCUGCUCGUCUACAGGAGCCACUGUGUGGACGAUAACAGCUGGACCCUGGUGGAGCACCACCCUCUUCAGGGGUUAGAAAGGUCUCUUGAAGACCAUGAACUGGUGGUUCAUGUCCAGGCCUCCAUGUCUGUAGAUGGCGGCAGACUGCUCUUCAGGAAGAACUACGCCAAAUAUGAAUUCUUUAGAAAUCCCUUGACUUUUUUCCCUGAGAGCAUGGUUGCCUGGUGCCAGGAGAGCAAUGGUACGAUUCCACCAUCUCAACUCUUACAGAACCUCCUGGCGCCCAACAGCUGUCCAGAGAUCCAGGGCUUCCUGUUGGUCAAGGAGCUCAGCAGGAAGUCCUGGAAGAAGCUCUAUGUGUUCCUGCGCCGCUCCGGCCUCUACAUCUCCACCAAGGGAGUGUCCAAGGAGCCAAGACAUCUGCAGCUGCUGGCGGACCUGGAGGACAACAACCUGUUCACCGUCACCACUGGCAGGAAGCUUCACUGUGCUCCAACAGACUACCAGUUCUGCAUCAAGCCCAGUAAAGGCGGCUGUGAGGGGCGGGAGCUGCGGAUACUGUGUGCAGAAGACGAGCAGAGCCGUACUUCCUGGAUGACCGCCUUCCGGCUCUUCAAGUAUGGAAUUGUUUUGUAUCAGAACUACAAGAUUCCUCAGCAGAGAAAAAACUUGCUGUUCACAGGACCAAUGCGGAGCAUAUCAGAAAACUCCCUGGUGGCCAUGGACUUCUCCGGGCGUAUCGGCCGUGUGAUCGAGAACCCAGUGGAGGCCCAGAGCGCCGCGCUGGAGGAGGCUCAUGCCUGGAGGAAGAAAAGUCAGAGACUGAACACAGCCAAUCCCAGCCCCUUACAUCAUUCAUCUUUAAGCUCAGUGAUUCACAGCACCCAGCUGUGGUUCCAUGGCAGGAUCACGCGUGAGGAGUCCCACAGGAUGGUGUACCAGCAGGGCCAGGUGGACGGGCUGUUCCUGCUGAGGGUCAGUCAGAGCAAUCCCAAGGCGUUCGUCCUCACUCUGUGCCAUCACCAGAAGAUCAAACAUUUCCAGAUUUUGCCGUGUGAAGAGGAGGGACAAGUGUUCUUCAGCCUUGACGACGCCGCCACCAAGUUCACUGACCUCAUCCAGCUGGUGGAGUUUUACCAGCUCAACAGAGGAGUCCUGCCUUGCAAACUCAAACACCCAUGCACCCUUGUGGCCUUAUGACCCUUGACCUUUGACCUCCAGCCUCGGACUUGACCUGACUGCCUGAAAACAAGUGACAGUUGUUUUUUGUGUCCAUGAGAAGCAGAAGCUGGAGAACGAACUCAUGUAAGAGCAGCCAUCAUGGUUCUGUCCCUGGGAGAGGCUAUCCGACGAGAGAAUGGAUUCAUUACGAGAGAAUGGAUUCAUUACGAGAGAAUGGAUUCAUUACGAGAGAAUGGAUUCAUUACGAGAGAAUGGAUUCAUUACGAGAGAAUGGAUUCAUUUGUUGUGUUUGUAUCCCUAAUCGUCAGUUUGGUAUUCGGUCAAAACUGUUUUGUUUGUCAACGAACAAUUGCCGUCAUUUAAAAAAAAUAUAUUUUUAGAUAGUCAAACCAAUUAGAUCUCUGCACUUGGAAUAGCCUUACUUCCAGUACUGUAUCCGAGUCCUUUGUCCCUGUUGUUAGUGGUGUUGGAGAGCAUGAGACACACAUUCUGGUGUCAGGGUCCUGGACGGUGCAAGGCAGGGCCUGAACACUGGACGCAGACAAAAUGACUGCUCACACUAGGACACAAACAAUAAGGAUUAACUUUAUUUUUUUAGGAACUUGUCCAUCAAAAGCCUAAAUGUGCUUUUAGGUUUACUAAUUAUGUUAAUCUAAAAACCAGGUGUGAAAUCUCCUUUGAUUGGCUGUCUGUGUGUUUAAAGGGGCGGCCUCUAUACAAGCUGCUGUGAAAGUGAUCAUAAAUGUACACGUCGUUAACACUCCUGUUUUUAUAGUGAUAGUGUGGGAAUAUAUAUUCAAAUGAUAUGGAACACUAUUUUCAUUGUUUUGUGUUAUUGUUAUCAUGUGGAUGGCCCUUAAAACAAGUGGUAGAACUGAAGAACACAGCUGUGAACUGGAGGAAGAUAGAUGAAUCACACUGGGUA